UGCUCUUCUCCAACCAGUCGAGUAUUUAUUCAUCUUUUCCGUCGGUUUUGCUCGCAGAGUACGUCUAAGACUCUUAGAGGCAAAUUCCCCUCGCAUGCUCACUCGUUAUGCCAUACCUGCUUCCCCCACAGGCCUACUUUUCGAUUUCCUCGCACCAAAUGCUGUUCUUCGAAGGCCCAUCAGCUAUCAACCCGAACAAAACUCUAACACGGCGACCAAGAGGCGGGGUACACCGACGUCCUCUCCAAAGCCUGCUCUGUCUACACACACCUCUCCUGCACUCAUAGCAUCACACGGGCUGCCCUCGAGACCCUCUAAUGUCACCGCCUUCCAUGUCCCUCAACCACUCAGCGAUGUGUCUUCUUCAACCUCCGAGUCCAGCAUUCAACAGCGAACGCGGGUGGCACACAACACAUCUCCCGGUGCUCUUCAGACACCAUGGCAUUCCCCUACCAUACCCAUCUCUCACCAAGCUCGCGAGCCGCUUACAAUUCGUCCAGAAACGAGGCCAAAAUCUACUUUCAGACCAAUCUCGUCACCAUCCCCAAGGUCGCCACUGACGUUUGCCUUGUCCGCAUUUGCUUAUAAAGCCUCAUAUCACCCCAUCCUGAUUCCUCAGAGGUCCUAUUCUAACCCACGGAAGACUCUUUCUCAGAAGUAUCCUACACCAUCUCGACGACCAAAUACGCCUCCGACACCUCCACGCUUCGUCACACCAGCGAAGGCUGUCAACUCUGGUUUCGGUGACCCCAAUCCAGAAGCCGGUGGCCCCAGCGUUGUCGUCUCUCCAAGUAAUCAGGCUCAUGCCUUUCACGCCGAAGUACAGGGUCUUCAAGAUGCCCUAUGGCAAAAGGACGUCGCUUCCGCUUCGUCUAGUUGGGCAUCGUUGGAAGCCUCCAAGCGACUUCACCUUCUGGGACCGGCAGAACUCGAACGAUGCUCCAGACUUAUCUCAACCGUCGUUCCCUCCGAUACGUCCAAAUCCCUAGAAGACCACGACCGUACAGCUCUGGAAAACAUUGCGGUCUAUGCUGCUACGGGACGCGCUACCUAUGCUCUUCGUACAUUCUUCAUGUAUCACCUCCAGCGAGACGAUUCCGAGGCUAUUCUAUCCCUUUACGAUCGAUUCUUGACGAGCGUCCGGACGCGACACGCCAUAACGAACGAAGUUUUGGAGGAGCAGGAAGAACUAGACGAUGAAGAUACCGCUUUGGCAUCGACGUCAUCCCCGAGCUCUUCCCCACAGAUCAUGUACUCAGAAUUCCUCAUAUUCGCCAUCGCCGCACACGCUCUUCGCAACGACAUGCCGGCUGCUGCUCAGACCGUCCUACAGUCUCCUUUCCGACUCCCCUACCGGACCGCCCUUAGCCUCAUCCGCACCUUCAAAAAGCAAGAUAAAUUCGUACAUUUCUUCGAACAAGCUAGAUUGGCCGGACUCGUCGCCCAUCCUCCCGCUCUGAUGAGCCACGUAUCUAAAUCCGUCACCGCUAAGGCUGUCGCCCAUCUCGAGAGAGUCUACAACGGCAUCAUCGCAGGCCUCGCGGACGAUCCACCAUGGCUAUCCGCGUCGACUACCGCAGACCCUGCUCUUCCCGUUGUUGUUGAGUCGAUCUGGAUGGCAUUUCUGAAAGCUUUCUUGGAGUUGGGUCGGAUUGACUGGGCGGAACAGCUAUGGAAUGACAUGACCAAGGCUGGGAUCCGGCCUUCGGUCGCUGUGUGGAAUGUCCUCCUCCAGGGUAUCGGAUCCACUCGUGACUGCUCGCGCGUCAUGCAGUUGUGGGAUAUUAUGUGCUCGCAGGACGUGCAACCCGAUGGAUGGACGUACCAGGCGGUCGUCAUUACCCUCAUGAGGAACGGAAGGAUGCCCGAGGCUGAAGAGAAGUUUAAGGAGUUCCACAAGGAGGCCGCUAAGAAGAAGGAGCUGUUGUCAGACACGACGGCGGUCGAGUCGUUAUAUAACGCGAUGAUUUCCGGAUACCUGUUCAACAAACGCGAGACCGAGGCCGACGAGCUUUUCGAGAAGAUGAAGGCGGAAGGACCGUCGCCAUCUAUAGUCACGUACAACACUUUCAUGUCUCAUCAUCAACGGCUGGGAAACUUCAAGGCCAUUUCCUCGACGCUGCAGGCUAUCAGAGCAGCCGGUCUGAAGGGCGAUCCGCACACGUUCUCUGCCCUGCUCAUGGCGUUGCUCCAGAUUGUCCCUCACACAGAAGCCGUCACACGGACUAGGCGAAUCAUGCAGGCGCAGGGGGUAAGGCCCGACGCCAUCAUCUACUCGACGGUGAUCAGCCACCUGCUCCGUGAACGCGAGCCUCAAAACCUCAAGGCCGCGAUGGACUUACUCGCCCAGAUGGAGGCGGACGGGGAUCCCGAACUGCAUCCUACCGCGGGAACUUACACUACCGUCCUGCUUGCCAUCCACCGUUGGGAAGGACUCGCUGAAAACCUCGUAACGGACUACACGGACUACCUCACUCGGCGCAUGCGAGCGAGGAAGAUGCCGAUGAACCAGGCGGCCUAUAACGCGCUCAUCAAGGCCUGUCUCGCGAACCGCGAGUCGACAGGUAUCCGGAGCGCACUUCGAUACUAUCGGGAGAUGGUGACGAAGAGGGUGGAAUUGACGCAGGAUACGUGGUAUAUACUGAUACACGGGUUACUGUUCAGGAAGGAGAUCGGGCUGGCGAACCAGUUGGUGGAUGAGUUGGAGGCGUCGGGGUUCAAGGUUAAGGGUUCGCUGGCGAGCAUGGUGGCGUCGGCGAGGGCGCAGGCAAUGGCGACUGUCAUGAGAAAGCUAGAUGUCGUUCUCCCACAAAGAAGGAUUUCCCGAGACCGAAACGGAGAUAGCGAGCAUACGCCCAGUAACUCCAACGCCUGCCUAACCACUUUCCGAAAUAGGGCAUAAGGACGAUGGAAACGAGUUGGGU